AUGGUCGCCGGUCUUUUGACUAAGAUUACUGCUACAAACGAUCGGCAACACCAGCAUCUACAUCGUCAGAUGACUCCACCGGAAGGUGGUUCGUCUUCUAGUCGGUUGCAAUCGAACAGUGUACUGGCCUUUCACGGAAAGAACGUGCCUAGCAUAACGAUUCUGAGCUACCUUCUCCGCAUCAACAAAUACUGUCCUACGAGCUACGAGGUGUUCCUGAGCCUUUUGGUUUAUUUCGAUCGCAUGAUGGAAAAGGUGAAUGCAGGCGCCAUGCAAAAUCUACGAGAGAUGGAUAGACAUGAACGUGCUGUAGCCUCCGAACAAGAAGUCAAGAGUCCUGUUUCUACACAAUCCAUCGAGGGCGUGGUACCCUCAAGCCAUGGCUAUGCACAAACAGCAACGCCUCCGUUAUCUGGUGAGCUCGAAACAUCGAGUCAAGGAGCCGUACCUGGAACCCCUCAUAGCAAAACUCGCCAGCCGGACUCUCCAGCAGCAUCUACAUUAGACGCAGACGCUCUCGACCUUUCAUAUCUCUUCGUGGUUGACAGCUUUAAUAUUCACCGCUUGAUCAUUGCUGGUGUGACCUGUGCAAGCAAAUUCUUCUCCGACAUCUUCUACACAAAUUCGCGUUAUGCCAAGGUUGGUGGUCUUCCGCUCCCUGAGCUCAACCAUCUCGAGUUGCAAUUCUUACUCUUGAACGACUUUCGUCUAUCCGUGCCUGUCGAAGAAAUCGAAGCAUAUGGAACAACAUUGGUCGAGUUCUAUGCUAGAGAGGUUUUGGCUCAAAGAGCAGAGCAAGCCGACUAA